ACUGAUAACCAAUAACGGAUAACCGAUAACCGAUAAUCAAUAACCAAUAACCAAUAACGAUAAUCAAUAACCGAUAACCAAUAACCGAUAACCGAUAACUGAUAACCAAUAACCGAUAACCAAUAACCCACAACCAAUAACCUGUAAUGAUAACCGAUAAUCAAUAACCAAUAACCGAUCAAUAACCCAUCACCAAUAACCAAUAACCGAUCACCAAUAACCAAUAACCAACAACCGAUCACCAAUAACCAAUAAAACAACCAAUCACCGAUAACCAAUAACCAACAACCGCUCAACCACCGAUCACCGAUAACGAACGAUCAAUAACCAAUCAUCAAUACCCAAUAACCGACCGCCCCCCCCCCCUCCCCCCCCGCAGCCGCCUGACCUCCUCGGCCGCCGCCUGGACCUGGCUCCUGAUUGGCUCCCUGCUGGUGGCCUCCCACCCCUGGCUCCGCCCCCCCUGGGGCCGCGCCCUCCGCGCCGCCGCCCGCAUGGCCGUGGCCUUGGCACUGUCCCGCGCCGGCCACGCGCUGGGCCACGCCCUGGAGGUGGCCACGGGCUCGUGCCGGCAGGCCACGGCGCUGGGCACGCUGCUGCUGCCGCUGGACGAGCCGGCCGCCUGCCGGGGGGCGGGGCACAGCUGGGAGGGCUUCGGCCCCGCCCCUCAGGCCUUCGCCCUGGUGCAUUGUGGGUUGGGCUUGGCCGAGGAGGCGGCGGCGCUGGGGAGGAGGUUGUACGGCGGCAAGAUGGCGGCCGCGGGCAAGAUGGCGGCCGGGGGCAAGAUGGCGGCGGGGGAGAAGAUGGUUUCCUGGUACGAGAUGGCGGAUGAAUCCAAGAUGGCGCCCUGGUACAAGAUGGCGCCCUGGCAAAAGACAGCGGACGAGCCCAAGAUGGCCGCCGGAUCCAAGAUGGCGCCCUGGUACAAGAUGGCUUCCGGAUCCAAGAUGGCCGCCGGAUAUACAAUGGGAGACGAGCCCAAGAUGGCCGCCGGAUCCAAGAUGGCCGGCGGAUAUACAAUGGGCGACGAACCCAAGAUGGCCGCCGGAAGCGGAUGGGCGUGGCCACGCCCAACAUGGCGCCCGGGGGCGGGGUUCGAACCGCGCCGACCCCGCCCCAGCAGCCUCGAGUGGGCGGAGCCUCCGCAUGCAAAUUACGGCUGGGACCGCCCCGUGACGUCAGAGUGGGCGGGGCCAACGGGGUGGAGCUGGGGCGGGGCCGGCCGCCAUCUUGGACGGGGAGGCCACGCCCCUUUGGGGGGGCGGGGCGGCCAUUUUGAAGGCGGCCAUUUUGACGGCGGCCAUUUUGAAGGCCGCCAUUUCGAGCACCCCGGCGGCCAUUUUGAAGGCGGCCAUGUUGAAGGCCGCCAUUUCGAGCACCCCGGCGGCCAUUUUGAAGGCGGCCAUUUUGAAGGCCGCCAUGUUGAACCUCUCCAUUUCGGCCGCCCCGGCCGCCAUUUUGGCGGCGGCCAUUUUGACGGCGGCCAUCUCGCCUCCCCCCGCGCUUUCCCCGAGGCCGACCCCGCCCUCCGGAGCCCCGAGCGCGCCCCGCCCGUGGCUCUGUCCAUCCUCUACCUGCUGGCCGUGGCCCUGCUGCUCACCUGGCACCUCCUGCUGGUGGUCACCCUCACCUACCGCAACACCUGGGCCCGCAACGCCGCCGGAGCCGCCCUGGGCUGGGCCGCCUGGGCCGUCACCUACCGGGGCUGGUACCGCUGGCCGUGGUCACCGGGGCCGCCCGGGUGGGGCUGAGGGAAUCGGGUAAAAAACGGGGGAAAUCGGGCAAAAAACGGGGGGGGAAAAAA